AUGCCACAAGAUGGUGGCAAAGUUGUGAGUGGAGCACAGGGACCUCUUUUGGACAUUUCAAUUGGACGUGAGAGACGGAGAUGGCGCUGCAAAGCUCGCGAGAACUCGCGCGUCGCCUCCAGUAGCGCGCACGGUCGCUACUUGCUGAGUCGCGUCCGUGGUGUUGUUGUUGGCCAACUUUUGCGCAUCUCUUACCUGGUCCUCCGAUCGGGGCGAGCGCGUGUGGGCGCAUCCUCAUCGUCACCUUCCUCACGGGACGGGAGGCUUGCAUGUGGAAGCAGCAGACGGCUCUGUGAGCUGCUGCCAGCCGGGUGCCACUUUGACAGUCCCCCUCUGCAAAAGUGUCCCAUGUCCGCGCACAGGAUGAUGUUCAUCGGACUCCUGCUUCAGGUCUUCUCCCACGGUAGCACACCGGUAUCGGCCUCUUUAGACUGUCUGCUGGCAGAGCAGGGCUGCAUCCAAGAGCAGUCCUGCAUGGUCCUGUACCGCCUGUUGGAAUACUGUGCAGAUGAGGAGGCGGUUUCGCCGCUCGGCCCGGAGGCCCGCACAGAGUGCCUGGAGGCUCAGAACUCCUUGCAGCACCAUCGCCCCCUUCAAGUGUGCAAAUGUCAGCGUGGAUCUCGACGAGAGGAACACUGCCUCAGGGUCUACUGGACUGUGAGGUUUGGAGCAUAUGAUGAGUAUGAAGUGUCUCCAUAUGAAGAAUUGGAGUUCAGCCUGGUGAGAAACAUUGACAUGUCACAUAUGGCGUCCAUCAUGGCAGCUUCUUCUGUGUCUGUGGACGGUCACAAUCAGUGUCUCAAGGCGGCCCAAGACUGUGGCCUGUAUGAGAAAUGCGGCUCCCUGCGUUCCGAGUACGUAGUGGCGUGCACCAAGCGAGCGGCGGCCUCUGACAACACUUGCAACCGUCAGAAGUGCCACCGAGCCCUGCGGCGUUUCCUGGAGCGUGUCCCAGAAGAGUACAGCUUCGCCUUGCUCUUCUGCCCUUGCUCCGACACCCUAUGUGGGGAGCGCCGCAGGAAAACCAUCGUACCGUCUUGUUCCUAUGAGGAGAACACUAAGGGGGAGGAUCGAGUGGGCAAGCCCAACUGCCUCAACCUGCAGAACUACUGCUCCAGGGACGAGCUGUGUAGAUCCCGGUUUGCUGAUUUCCAACACAACUGUCAGCCAGCUCCUCUGUCUGCCUCUGGCUGCAUGCGAGAGAGCAGAGCUAUGUGCCUCAAGGCCUACGCCGGACUCAUAGGCACCAUUAUGACUCCCAACUACGUGAGCAACAGCAGCACAGAGGUGUCCCAGUGGUGCACAUGUGAUGGCAGCGGCAACGAAUGGCAGGGCUGUCAACGCAUCCUGCAGAUGUUCAAAAACAACAUUUGUCUGCGUGCUGCCAUCAGCUCCAUGGGAGUUUCCGUGGCGCCCCCUGCUGAGACCAGCCCCGUUCCAGCUCCUGAGCCCUCCCCAAGAGUCCACAGCGUCAACUCUCUUCCGGAAUUUACCACCAUUGAGACCAGUGAAGAAGUGGAGCAGGAGGAGGUUAAGAGUGAGGAAUUCAACAUGAUCCCGCCAUAUUCUGAGAAAGAUUCCAACACUGAGUCAAGGGCCACAGAGAGACAGCGAGGGACAGCCAGCUCACUGGCGCCAGUCUUUCCACUACUGCUGUUUUCUGUACUCAUCCUGGACUGGGACUGUUAGAGCAACUAAAACUUCCAUCUUCUGCUCAUUUUUCUGCCAUUUCCACAUUCAAACACAUGCCCACUCCCUGAGAAAAGUUGCCAGAAUAAACUGCAAAGGCUUUCAUUGAAAAACAAAAGUACUCUACUCCUUAAGAGUUAAAAGAUAUCUGGGGUGCAGCAAUAUCUGUGUCUUAGCUCCGGAGCAGAUAGCAGUGCAUGGCAUAACUCAGAAGUGCUGCCUGGGCAAACAGUCCAUCCAGAGCCAGCUUCACACUCAAAAGUACAUCCCCUCUUUUAACAAGAAGCACAUUGCCAAAGGCCACACUCACUGCACGUGCUCUCCAAGACAAAACCGCAGAAGCAACGUGCUCUAGUGCAUCCGAGACAGAGGAUGACUUCUGAUUUCUUUUUCGUGACUCGUAACACAUUUGUUACUCGCUUGCCCCGUUGGCUUUUGCUCUGUCCCCAUUGCACGAUGCUCUCAGUGAGUUAGUUUACUGGUUAAUCUGAAGACUGCAACUCUGCUAAAUCAAAACAUGGUACUGACUUGACUCGAAACUCCAACUGAGCAAAUGUGACACUUAAAAAUAAUCUUGCUUUUGCACUGCUAUUUGAUUAAAUGUACAUUUUGCAGUGGCCAUAGAAUUUUGGUUGUUAUUUAUCUAGGUUAAUGGCUGAAAGAUCCAAGCAGCAUUAUAUGGUGCAGCACACAUUUGACUUUUACAACUUAACGUUUUUCAACACAGUCUGUUCCAGCAGGCUGCUUGACCUUGAAGAUUCGGAAUGUAUUUCCCCUAUAUUGGAAGUAAUCAACAUUUCCCCCAUCAUAAAACCUUUAAAUUCUGCACUAACACAUGCUUUAGUAGUAGUUUAAAUAUUUAAUCUUGUCAUAUGAAAACAAAAAUAAGUCAUACAAUAUGUUCAAAGUUAGGGCGCACUCCCACUGGGACAGUUCUAUUGUGCUAGCUCGUCUCCGCCAUCCCGAACUUGCCUCAUAAUACAAAACAGCUGGAGUGUAAUCUUCUUGUCUUUGACCAUUGUUUCGAGUUGCUCCUUAUGUCUGUCAUGCGAGCUGGUAGUUAUCAUUGUUAAUAACUAUUGCGGGUCACAAUGAUGAGUACUCGUCUCUUUCAGCUGAUUGUGGGGAAGAGCCAUAGUACACCCUGGACUGGUCACCAAUCAUUUACAGGGCACAUUUGGACAAACAGCCAUUUACAUUCACAUUAAUACCCAGGCGCAGGUUAAGAGUCUCCAGUUAGGAUAACAUGCAUGUUUUUGGAAUAUGGGAAGAAGCCAUGCAAGCACGGGGAGAAGAGCAGCAAACAACAGCAAACUGCAUGUAUUGCAUACUUGUAGCCAAACUUUGACGAGUACAGUUGCUGCUGUUUAAGUUUUAUUCAUUUUAUUCAUCUUAUCACCUCUACUACCCUUGUGAAAGAGUAGACAUACAAGGAAAAUGUCUCAAACCAUCAUACCAGGUUUUUGUUUAAUUUUUGUUCCUAUAUUUUCCUUCACAUUUUAGGCCAAAUUAUUCAUCAACUAUUUAGGUUCCAAGGUCCACUACAUGUCUUUGUACCUUAAAAUUUUAUUUUGUUCCAUUGACAGCUGACUUUUGAAUCUGGGGAACAUGCAUGUAUAUUUAUGGCCCUGGAAAAGGUACAUUUACCUAACAGUCCAAUAAUUAGCCCUAUGGGGUACAUUAGAGUAGAUGAAGGGUCAUAAAUGGACUCUUAUUCCUCAGCGUGAAGAUAACAACACGUUAAGUGCUGCCCGUGAGUGGUGGAAAAUGAAAUGGCGGUGACAAAAGCAAGGAGACUGUAGUCAAGUCGGUACCAUGCCGUGGCUUUCAUGCACAAGGGAUAUUAGGACUUUACAACAUUUGGCUCCUCUCACAGUGAGCACCUCCAAUCACUUAGAAUUAUUCCGAGCACGAUGAGUAAUGAGAGAUGGCAACGGUAAUGAGAUAAACCUCGAUGGGAAAAAUGAGGAGGGAAAAAAAGCGACUUAAAGCAAUUACGGCACAAUUCCAAGAAGUCAACAUGUAGGGAAAUGUGGAGGACGGCUCAGGGGAGGAAAUAGGCAAUUUACAGCUGUCAUGGCCUCUCACCUUUUUUUUUUUUUUUUUUAAAUUCUGAGGAGAUGUGUUUUAUUGGCACUUCCCUGUCAUGUGCAGAUGUUGCGAGAUUAAGAUAUGGAGAUAGGCACGGAGACUUGGAGUCUGGAAAGGCUGCUGGCUGCUCUGCUCAUUGAGCAGCACAUCGAGCCUUUCUCUCUGCCUGGAAUAACGUUUGCUGAUGUUAAUGAUUUUUUUCCUAUGGCUCAUUUUCUUGGGAAAUUACACUGUUGCAGGGUUGUAGGUAAAGACAACCAUAUGGUUUUUUUUAACCAUUAUUUUGAGCAAACAUAAUGGCUUUCUUAGCAAAAAGGAGCUAUAGUGUAAUUGGCUUUGUAAAGAAAACAUACAAACACUGAGUAUUAUGAGGCAUCAUAUAUGAUUGUUACCAUCGUAAUGAUGAGAUUUCACUGAGCACUUAAACAGGCUGGACCUUUUCCAAAGAUGUAUCAUAAAAAUAGGUACAUUAAAAAAAGAGUUUGCUUGUUGUAAAUGUCACAGGAGGAGCACUGCUAUACAUUCUCAUUCACUGUAAAUAGGAUUGUAUGUAAUCAGACGAGGAGGCCGCAUGGCCCAACUCUUACAUCACUUGUUUCCAUUGGGAGAUUGUAUCACUUUGAAGAGUUAAUGAGGGGUUACAUUAGGAGGGGCCAUUCUGCAGUUUGACCAUCCUCUUGUUAAAAUUGAGGCAAAGGGAAGCUAACAGGCAGGGGGAAAAAACCAUCAGAUAGCAAACUGGUCUGAAAAUAUAUAUCUGGACACAUGAAAAAUCAAAAAUUAUGUUUAAGAAAAACACUUUGCUGUUUCAGUGUUGUAGCAUUUAUGCUGCUAAUUUGCAGUUCUGUGGCGCUGGCCUUAAUGACUGAACAUGCGUUUUUAUGUAUUCAAAAUGUGUGUUUAUAUUUGUAAACUAUGUAAAAAAAAAAAUCAUUUUACCAUACAGUAGCUUGCAUUUUUGAUGUAUUAAUGACUUUAAAUGCAUUAUUAUCUGAAAAUCCUUUUCAAUUGUAUCUUUAAGAUCCUCCUGCAAAAUGAUGUAUAGAAAUGUGUUUCAUGUGUUUAAUAAACAACAUAUCAAUCAUGCCAAAAAAUGUGACUAUAAAGUGUCAAAGAAAAAAGAAACAAGUGUAAUUUUUGUGACAUAACAGAACCGUGUGCCAGUUUGUUAAAAGACUAAUAAAAGCCACAUAUUCCAUAUCCAAUAGGACAUUAUUGGAUGGAAAUGAAAUGAGUGCUGUG